AUGAGCUCUUCCAAGAACCUUGAGCAGGAGGCUGACGUCUCGAUUGAACAUGCGGAGAUAGCGUCCACGCAUGCUCACCCUACCUAUGAAAUCCCCAAGGUCACUUGGUGGAAGCUCCGUGGUUCCACUAUUAAUGGAUAUGAUGGCUCGUUACUAAACGGGUUGCAGACAAUGGCUCCGUGGCAAGCCUACUUUGAUAAUCCCACUGGGUCAACGCUUGGACUAUUUACGGCAAUUCAGAACAUUGGUGGGGUCUGUGCUCUUUUCUUCGCCUCCUAUGUGGCUGACCUCUUGGGACGUAGGAUUGGUGUAGCAGUGGGGCUUGUCGUGAUCUUUAUCGGCACAAUAAUACAAGUAGUCCCGUCUGUAAACAGUGGAAUGUUUAUCGCUGGAAGGUUCCUGGUCGGUCUUGGGUCCAACAUUAGUCAAGGGUCGGCCCCGUUGCUUAUCACAGAGCUAGCACAUCCUCAACACCGUGGGACAUUGACCACCAUGUACAACACUCUGUGGUAUAUUGGGUCAAUAAUAGCGGCUUGGACUGUUUUUGGGACUAUUAAAUAUACUUCGGAAGCAUCUUGGAGGAUCCCGGUUGGGAUGCAAGCAGCUAUGCCCGCCAUUCAAUUUGUGGGAAUCUGGUUCCUCCCGGAAAGCCCCCGUUGGUUAUGCGCCAAAAACAGGGCAGAUGAAGCCUUCAGUAUCUUGGUAAAGUACCAUGGCAAUGGGGACCAAGCCGACCAGCUUUGCGCGUUUGAAUUUUGUGAGAUUCAGGAAACCCUGCGACUAGAAAAGGAAGAGUCCCGGAACGGGUGGCAGACUCUUAUCAAAACACCCGGAAAUCGUAAACGCCUCCUCUUGGUUGUGUUGGUUUCCUUUUUCUCUCAGUGUUCGGGAAAUGGCCUGGUAUCAUAUUAUCUGCACUCGAUCCUGAACUCAGUCGGCAUCGAGUCCUCGCAUGAUCAGGCAGUGAUUAAUGGAGGCCUGCAAAUUUGGUCCUUUCUUGUCGCAAUCGGAUUUUCCUCCUUCCUCGUUGACGUUCUUGGCCGGCGCAUGCUCUUUAUGAUCGCUGCCGUAGGCAUGUUAAUCAGCUUCAGUAUUUGGACAGGAUGUUCCGCUGUUUACGCGAAGACAGGCGACACUGGAGCUGGAAGUGCGGUGAUCGCAAUGAUAUUUCUCUUUUACGGCGUGGCAGGCUUCGCGUGGCCCGGACUCACUGUGGCUUACUGCGCAGAGAUCCUGCCCUUUAACAUCCGAGCGAGGGGAAUGGCUGUUGCGUUCGCUUGCACAUCAGCGGCAUCAGUCUUCAAUCAAUACAUAAAUCCGAUUGGUUUGGAGAGGUUGCAAUGGCGUUUCUACUUUGUUUAUAUCGGUAUUCUUGUCGUUGAGUGUCUCUGUAUUUGGUUCCUGUUUGUAGAAACAAAAGGCCCGACCUUGGAGGAGAUUGCGGCAUUGUUCGAUGGAGAUAAUGCGAACGUGGGAAGGUCGGAGGAAUCGGAGAUGCCUCAAAGAGCCGCGAAUAUCGAGAAAAGUAGCGCGUAA